AGAUCUUUCGAAAGCAAAAGCGCUGAAAAUGUCUGCCUCAAAAAUAGACUUUGUAAACGAUAUAACCAAGUCCAACAAGGUUGCAGUAUUCUCAAAAGUCUACUGUCCGUAUUGUACGAUGGCUAAAUCGGCUUUGAAAGAAGCGGGCUUGAAGGAAUAUUUCUUGAUGGAGCUGGACGAAGUGGACGAUGGUGCGGCCAUCCAAGAUGCACUUCAGAAAGUUACCGGCGCGCGGACGGUUCCCAGGGUGUUUAUUGGUGGCAAGUUUGUUGGUGGAGGAAGUGAAGUAAGGGAUCUUCAAUCUGCUGGAAAACUCACAAAAAUGUUACAAGAGGCAGGAGCCCUGUAAUUUAUGGAUCUCUGUCCUAUGGCGGUGACAAGCAACAAUCAUCAUAAAUUGGAUUUAAUUACAUGUAUUUAACGGCACAACAUUGACUUGCUCUGGUUCUAAGAUCAAAAUAGGGGCCUUAUGGUACAAAGGGAUCAAACAUCAGCUCUGUUAUCAACCCUGAGGACAUAAACCUGUUCUUUCAAAGAAUUAAUACGGACACACAGUACUCAGCCCCGGAGCUAUUACCUAUUCCGGAAGGAACUCGUGUCCCCACUCUCAAAUAAAGACUUCUUCUUCUUCUUCUUUCUUCUUCUUAAGAUUGGACUAGGAUUAUGAGAUUGAGUACAAGUAUGAUUCUGUAAUUUCAAAGCAGUGACAUUUCUAGAGACCUCGCUUUUCAUAUUGGUUUUAGGAAGAGAGGGUAGCCCAAGGGAGCAGAUGGGUGUGUGACAUGAUUCCGUGAAGCUUAUGAACUAGAAUCAAAAAAGUCAUUCUUGUACCCAAUCUCAUACUCAAAUCUAAAGUCCCCUAACUUGCUUUUAUGACCCAUCAUCUAUGGAUCUCCAAGAUAGGUGCAGCUGUACACUUCAACUAUUUUUUUAAACACUUUUGUUGCUAAGAUCACACAUUUUAAAAACUAUGCAUUGUACAACAAUCU